AUGAAAGGGGCUUCCGUUCAGAAAAUACAAUCAGAUACAAAAACAGUAAUUACGGAAUGUUGUAGUAAAUUAGAUAAUUGUAACGGGUCAAAUAAUUCUAAUUUAAAUAAUACGUUCAAUUCUAAUAGAAUAAACGGAUGUGCAAACUUUGAUUUAAAAUCAAAUAGGAAAGACGGGAAAGAGUGUGAAAAUAAUGUUAUUAUAUCUAGUCAACAAAUAAAAUCAACUCCAAUAGCCGCUGAUAUAAAAUUGUUGGAAGAAUUCACCGAAACUACGAGUCUCAAGGAUUCGGCGACCAUUACAAUUCCCAUACAUCCAACUUCUAAUAACAUGAACAAUGCGGGUUUGAGUAUACCCAAAUAUAAAACAAUGCCUAGUCCAACGAGAACGGGAAACGCCGAUUUAUCGACGAAGGAAUUCGAAGGCGUUCCCGUCGAAUGUCAGGGAAUGUCAGGGGAAAAUAGGAUCAAUAGGAAAAGCGUUACAACAAUUAAUUACGAGCAGAGAAGAAGUAAAUUUCACAAAUCCCGUACGGCGAGCUGUAGUUCUUCGGAUGCGAGCGACGACGAUUCGGAAUCGAGGAAAAAACGUGUUCAUAAGUUAUCGAUGGAAAAGAACAAGCAAAGGCGGGAUUCGCACGACGACUCGAACGACAGUCAAGAUCCCGGUGACAACGGCGGGGGAGGAAGUAAUGCGACGUCAAAUUUGGGAAGCAGCGGAGAUGGAACGCAUAACGACGAUAAGGAAUCGAGGAGCAACGGUCGGGGUAAGAGAUCGACCGAAAGCAGCGAGGGUUCCGGCGGAGGAACAAAUCAAAAACAGUGCAACGGUGAAAAUUUCAGGCGUAAUAGAAGGCGUGCGGGUGAAACGAGGCUGAGAGAAAGUCAGUCGCUCAACAGAAUAAUGGAAGUUCAAGAAAUAGAAAAUAAUAAUUACUCAGGGGAUCCGUUUCGGGAAAAGUUAAAAGGAGAGGACGAAAGUGAAACGGAGAAAUCGUAUGGAGGAAUUAAUUCAAACAGUUUUAGUUCGAAUUCAACGGAAAAAAAUAAAUCGGGUAAAAGUUUAGGGGCAAGAUUUUUACAAUCGUGGUCUAAUACGAUAUCCUCGACAAAAUUAUCAGUACACAAAAGAAAAUUAUCCGGAGAAGGAAGAAACAACAACAACAACAAUAAUAAUAAUAAUAAUAAUAAUGGCGGAAACGGUGUCACACAAAUGAAAACUUCCGUACUCACCGAACAGUUACCAAAGAAUUAUUCCGACGAAAAAGAAAACAAAGUUUUAAAUGAAAAAACGGGGAAAAAAAUGAAAGUUUUAGGACGAUAUUUCCAGGUUUCGAAAAAGUUAUGCAUCCCCUUACCAAGUUUGUCGUCAUCCUCGUCGUCGUCGUCGUCGUCGUCGACGCGAGGUCGUCUGUACAAAGCUCGAUCCUGCGGUUCGAUUUCCAAAGAUAAAAUAACCUUGCCGAUUUCAUCAGAUACGUCCACGUUAAAAUCGACUUAUAACGAAAACGGAAACGGAAACGGUAAUUGUAAUUCUUCUUAUAAAAAAUCUCCAAUAAAAACGUGGAAAAUAAAACAGGGGAAAAAUAGUUCGAAAGGAGAAACGCAGGAAGAGAUGAAAGGGAAAGGAAACGAUCAUCAUCAUCAUCAUCAUGACGAGGUGGAAAAAGGAGACGUUAAUAAAAACGUAAGCAAUACGAGGGGGGGAAAUUACGACUGUCCGAAUGUUGGCAUAUGUCAAAUGCAUAUGAGGGAUGCUGCCAAAUGUCAUCUCUCAUGA